AACGUCACAUCCAUUCACCGUAGCUGUAGGUAAUGUCUGCUGCCGAGUUUUAUAAUGUACGGCUGUAUUUGUUUGACACUCGUAAUCGCGAAUUUUGCAGCGACAAGAAUCUUAUUGUUUGGUCACCCCGUUGUCUUUUACCAUUAAGCUAAACAAAAACAAAACAAAGUUUGUUCUUCACAUUCGCCCUCAUAAACUGUAGUGUCGGGAGAGUGAACGAGGGAAACAAACGAAAACUUCCUGACAAAAAUGAGGUGAUCAACACUUCCAUCAAUGUUGCGCCUCAUCACUGCAUCACUUUCCCUUCAGUGCCACCACGUGAAAUAUUUCCCUUCGAACCUCAGACCAUGUGGGACACUCACCUCAUUAGAGAACCAACAGACCGUGGAGGGUCUCUAUAUUCUGUCUGUGGACGUCCAAAAGGUGAGAAAGCUAAAAGGCUGGGUCCUGCAUCGGAAUCCGACCUAUACAAAGGAGGUUGCAGAUUUGUUGAAGGACUUGGGUGCCUCGGGGAGCAUCAUUUCUCAGAUCUUAACAGUUUACCCUGAGGCAGUGCUCUGUAAUCCAGACCAAACACUUGCACAGAAAGAGCUCUGGAUGUCAGUGUGUCCCAAUCAGAAAGAGCUGGUUGGUAUCAUAGAGAAAUUCCCAGCCUCCUUCUUUACCUCUUCAAGUCACCAUGAAAACCAGCGCAAUAACAUAGCUUACUUCCUGAGCCUAAACCUCAAUAAGCGAAUGAUUACCAAGCUCAUGGCCAGUGCCCCACAGAGCUUCAGUUGUCCAGUAGAGCAGAACAAGGACAUGGUUCGCACCCUCCAACAAACAUACCAGAACCUUGGCGGAAACAAGGUCAACAUGAAGAUCUGGCUUCAGAAGUUGCUGAACCAGAAUCCCUUUGUGCUCCUCAAACCGCCCCAAGUGCUCGGGCAAAACAUGCUCUUCCUGCAAGACCAAGGCUUCAGGACAGAGGAGCUCCUCUACCUCCUCUCCAAACUGAAGGCUUUUGUUAUUGAACUCAACCCAGACAGCAUGUGCCGGACCCUGACCUUCUCCCGGGACACCUUGGGGUGCUCUGAUGCAGAGCUCCGAGAUAUCAUCAUUAGCUGUCCUGCGUUACUUUACUACUCUAAAGAUAUUCUAGCUGAGCGCUUUCAGGGGCUCCUCAGCGCCGGGAUCAGCAUACAUCAAAUUGCACAAAAUCCGACUGUGCUGGAACUGACAACUCAAAUAAUUAAUUAUCGCAUUCAGAGACUGAACUCACGUGGCUAUGAUGUAAGAACUUCUAGUCUGGAUGUUCUGAUUGGUACUAAGAAGGACUUUGAGGUGAGCUAUGGUAAACUACAGUUUCGCAGAGAGAGACCUCUUUUCAAUCCUGUGGCCCCUUUAAAAGUAGAUGAGUGACGUACAUUUAAACGUCACUAGAUUAGGUAUAAUUAAAUCAGAUCCAAUGUUAAAGCUGUUUCAGAAGUUCUUUCUAAACCUGCCUUUGAUUGACAAAGUCAGAAAGUUAUUGGUUCAACAGCAGACAAGUUCUGGAGUUGGAUGAGUUUUUUUUUUUUUUCCUCUGUUCUGAAAGUCACUGUCCACUUAGUGGUUUUCAGAGUUCUUCCACUUAGAAAUCAUGGAGCGGUCUGAAAUUUUCAUCAUAGGUGCAUGUCCAGUGUCUUUUCCUUUCGUCUUGUCCUGUUAGGGGUUGCCACAGCAUGUCAUCUUAGAUGAAUGCAUAUUUUUUGGCACAGUUUUACGUCAGAUGCCCUUCCUGACGCAACCCUUCUGCAUUCAGCUAAACAUGACGUACAUUCUCAAUCUGAGUAGAGCCCCAUACAAGAUAAGACCUCGUGGGGUCUUAAUAAACCUUUAGAAAGGUGAUGAAUCAGCCCAGGACUACACGACAGGACUUGGUCAAUGACCUGAAAAGAGCUGGGACCCAGGUGACUGUUGGUAAUACACUAAGACGUCAUGGUUUGAAAUCAUGCAUGGCACGGAAGGUUCCCCUGCUUAAACCAUCACAGUUUGUCUUGAGUCUGCCAAUGACCAUUUAGAUGAUAGAGGAGUCAUGAGAGAAGGUUUUGUGGUCAGAUGAGACCAAAAUGGAACUUUUUGGUCAUAAUGCCACUAACUGUGUUUGGAGGAAGGCGAAUGAUGUGUUCCAUCCCAAGAACACCACCCUUACUGUGAAGCAAGGGGGUGGUAGCAUCAUGCUUUGGGGGUGUUUUUCUACACAUGGGACAGGACGACUGCAUUAAGGAGAGGAUGACCGCUGCCAUGUAGGGUGAGAAUUUGGGGAAUAAUCUCUUUACCUCAGUCAGAGCAUUAAAGAUUGGUCGUGGCUGGGUCUUUCAACAUGACAAUAACCCAAAGCACACAGCCAGGAAAACCAAGGAGUGGCUCCGUAAGACUCAUCAAGGUUCUGGCGUGGCCUAGCCAGUCUCCAGACCUAAACCCAAUAGAAAAUCUUUGGAGGGAGCUAAAACUCCGUGUUUCUUAGCGACAGCCCAGAAACCUGUCUGAUCUAGAGAUCUGUGUGGAGGAGUGGGCCAAAAUCCCUCCUACAGUGUGUGCAGACCUGGUGAAUAACUACAGAAAACGUUUGACCUCUGUAAUUGCAAACAAAGGCCAAAUAUACCAAAAUACCAAAUAUUAACAUUGGUUUUCUCAGUUGUUCAAAUACUUAUUUGCAGCUGUAUCACACAAAUAAAUCGUAAAAAAAAUCAUACAUUGUGAAUUCUGGAUUUUUCUUUUUAGAUUACCUCUCUCACAGUGGACAUGCACCUACGAUGAAAAUUUCAGACCCCUCCAUGAUUUCUCAGUGAAGAACUUGCAAUGUAGCAUGGUGUUCAAGUACUCAUUUUCUUCACUGUAUUUCAAUGUAGAACACAUCAAACUCCUGUAUUCUAUACUUGAACACAGAAACCCUUAAUUUUUAUGUGAAUGUACAUACAUGCACACAUAUAUGUAUAAUUUGUAUAUUUAUAUAAUAUACACAGUACAACAGUACACACAUAAACAUAUAUAUGUCUCCAUCCAUCCAUUUUCUGAGCCGCCUAUCCUCACGGGAGUUGCAGGGAUGCCAGAGCCUAUCCCAGCUAUCAUUGGGCAGGAUGCAGUGUACACCGUGAAUUGGUAUCCAGCCACUCGCAUCCCAAAAACAUCCAUUCAUUGGAGACUCUGCGCCUUGGUGUGAUUGUGAGUGCAACUGUUGUCUGUCUCCAUGUGCCCUGUGAUUGGCUGGCAACCAGUUCAGGGUGAAGCCUCCCUCCUGCCCGAUGACAGCUGGGAUAGACUCCAGCACUCCCGUGACCCUCGUGUGGAUAAGCGGCUCAGCAAAUGGAUCAAGAGAGAGAGAGAGAGAGCAAGUUGUUAAUCUUUAGUAAUGAAUUUGGAACUAGAACACCAAUUUCUCAGGGCUAUAAUGUACGCUACUGUCAUGCAGUGAUUCCCAACCUUUAUGGAGCCAAGGUGCAUAUUUUAUAAUUGAAAAAUCACACGGCACACCAGAAAAAGGAAAUGUCACAAAAAAGGGAUAGAUUAAUUACUGUAUGUACUUCCUGCCAUUUAAAAGAAAGCAUAUCUUUGUUCUGACUGUCACUGUGCCUCACAGGCAUAAAGAUACAUUGUUUCUUGGAAAUGUUUUUUUUUGAGCAAUUACGUAAAAUUGGAUAAUUUCCCGCGGCACACCUUAAGAGCGCUCACGGAACACUAAUGUGCCCUGGCACGAUGUUUGGGAAGCACUCCUGUAAUGGAUAUGUGAAACUUUCAACCAAUUGCAUGCUUUGUUUUUACAUUUAUUCAUAACUAUAACCUGUACUGGGUGUUAUAGGCCACAAAAAAAUACAAAAUUCUCUUGUACUGUACACUAAUAUGGGUGCAUUGGUCUCACCAAAAAGCUUCAGUGCAACAGACAAUUGGCUCCAUUGACGACCUCUUUUAUGCUGCUUUGCCAUUACAAGUUCCAGAAUGUCCCUGUUCUCCCCCAGCCUCAUUUGGCUUGUCCUGGGCUCUAUUGGUUUUCCAUUACAACACGCACCACUCAAAAGUGGCAGGGAUUAAAGCGGGAACAAGAAGAAGGUGACAAGCUCAUUUUUUGUCUUCUUUCAUUUCGCUGUAUUUCAUAUUCUGCCAAUACUGAUAAAAAUACACACCUCCUCAGUCGACCGCAGAACAAAAACCGAUUUAACCUGCUGCAGACUUCCUGAUGUGGUGAAACGCACUUGAGGUUCUAUUGUGUGUGUUUGUGUGUUUAUAUAUGAUGUAUGUACUAUAAAGCAUUAAGACGUAUAAACUAGACCACGCCCAUCAGAUUGGCUUGAUCGGUAUCGUCGAAUAAUUAUCUUUUUAUGCUGAUCGGCUUUGUCAUUCGUCGAUCCGAUCAACGAUGUCAUUUAUCAGCUCCAGAAAAGACAGUUACUCUGUGUUGAAAUUGUGGACAGUAUAUUUGAAUCCAAAAGAUGGUUUGCUUGUUUUUUUUUUUUUGAUUGCAUGUCUUUUGACUUGGUAGUAUAAAUAUUUGACUUUCCCCCCAAAAAAGUCAUUUAGUUUUUUUUUUUAAAUGUUGGCAUGUGGGACAGAUAACACGUAAUGCCUGGAUCAGACUAAGUCAAAUUUGCUCUCUCACAAUAGCACUAUGUCAAACUACUGCAAUAAAAUCUUGUAUUCCCAUA